GGCCCUUCCGCCAUCUCUUCAGCCUCACCCGCCAUGUCCGCAACGUCUGGGAUCGGCGUCUCCCCCGACCUCCGCGACGUCUUCGCCGCCGCCCUCGACUCCAACUCCGUCCGCUUCAUCAAGGUCUCCAUCCACAACGAGACCCUCGUCCACGAUCUCUCCUUUGCUGUCGCCAACUCCCUGCAAGACGACCUGCCCGUCCUCCACGACGCCCUCGACGACAACACGCCCGCGUACGUCCUCGCCAGGCUCGACGACCCGCCCACCGACUGGCUCGCCAUCUUCUACGUCCCCGACUCCGCCAAAGUCCGGGACAAGAUGCUCUACGCCUCCUCCCGCAACGCCCUCACCAAAUCCCUCGGCUCCGCCCACUUUACCGACUCCCUCUUCGCCACCUCCAAGGCCGACCUCACCCCCGAGGCCUACGCCGCCCACAAGCGCCACCAGGCCGCGCCCCAGCCCAUGAGCGCCCGCGAGAAGGAGAUGGCCGACAUCAGGGCCGCCGAGCGCGAGGGCGGCGUGCCCUACCGCGGCAGCCAGGUCCGGCAGAACGUCAUGGGCACCGGCGUGGGCUUGAAUUGGGGCCCGGAGGUGGAGGAGGCGGUCAAGGGGUUGGGCGACGGCGACGGGAGUUGGUUGGUUGUUCUCACGAUCGACCCCGCGACGGAGACACUCCUCCUAUCUAGCUCGUCCGAGAAAUCCGUGCACGAGCUGUCCACCGCCCUCCCUACAUCGGAGCCAUGCUACGCCUUCUUCGCCUACCCCCACCCCUCCGCGCGCACGAUCGUCUUCAUCUACUCCUGCCCCUCCGCCUCGCCCAUCAAGCACCGCAUGCUCUACUCCUCCGGCUCGUCGGGCGUGUACGCCGCCGCGAAAUCCCUGCUCGCGUCGUCCCAGUCGCAGGUGGCGGGGCGGAAGGUCGAGACGAGCGACCCCGCGGAGCUGACGGAGGGGUAUUUGGAGAGCGAGCUGGGCUUGGGCGACGGGGAGCAGAAGGCGGCGCCGGCUGCUGUGGGCUCAGGAGGAGGGUUUGCGAGGCCGAAGGGGCCCGGGAGGAGGAGAUGAGGACAAGAGGUACAAGAGAAUGUGUACGAUGGAAGAAUCGACGACUUGUAUAAUUUCGUGGAUCUCGGGACCUGUUGGUAUACUGAACGCCAGUCUCUGCGCUACAAACGUUCUCUCUCGGCGUCUUUCCUCUCAUAGCAUUCAAGCUUCGGUACAAUGUCCAUCUAUCGCGCUACGCAUGAUACACUGAUCACUUCCCGCCACCGAUUCCGAAAACGUCGAAUCCAUUUCCUGAUCC